CAGGAGAUAAAACAUACUCGUCUAGCUUCGUUCUUUAUUUCCGUCGAUCUUUAUCUGGCUACGCAUCCCACUGAUCAGACAGCACCAUGCCUGUCGAGGUUCUGAAGGCCCCUCCACCUACUCCGGGUAGUGCUCGGCGACUGAGAAGGGCGCUGCCUGCCCGUAAAACACAUGAUGUCUCUACGUUCAAAAAGGAAAAAUUGAAUGACGACUUCUCAGAACUAGACGAAUUUGCUAAAGUCUUUGAAAACGCCAACGACGAUCCUUUCGAUACAGUUCGUGGAUAUGGCCGAAUUGCGAAUUCUCGAGUCGAUAAGCUCAUUUCGAUCGACGCCCCCCCAGAAGAUAUCACAGCCUGGUCUCUUGAAAGUAGCACAUGGGCGCUAGUGAACGAUCUCUACAUGUACCGUACGGCCCCGCCAAAACCACCCUUGAAUCUCUACAAGACUACGUCCAAUACAGUGGCAGAAGAGUCUUUCUAUCGUCAAAAUGGCGCUGCCAGAGAGACUUUGAUUGUGAUUUCUUGGCUUCAAAAGUACGGAAUACCCUUUGCGUCGAGAGAUAGAGCCAUCAGCAAGCCGGAACUGCGGGGAAUUAAGUGGCAGUUUACUCGAGCCCAUACGAAAAAGGCAAAAGUUGCGUUCGGAGGGUUUUCUGGUUCCUCGCAACAAAUAGCACAGAUCAAAUCGCUGGAUUUGGAUGCUCCUCUGCGCGAGAACGCAGGUAUCGCGUCCGAGGAUUCCGCAUAUGAGCACGAGCUAUUCCGCUAUAUUUUCAGUUUAUUACAGCGCGGUGACUAUCAGGCUGCUACAACUGUCUGCGAGGCUACUGGAAACUUUUCGCUUGUUGCUGCUAUCAAUGGCUUGGUGGAAUACCGCGAUCCUUUAAUUGAUGGGGUAACUAUUGAUACCGAAGAGGCCACAUCCCGCGGUACAAAGCGUAAAGCGCUGUGGCGGAGGAUGUGCCUGCAAGUGUGCCGGAGCCCAAAGGUCGAUAAAUACGAAAGAGCAAUCUACGGUCUGUUAUGCGGAGACCUGGAUAGCGUUUUAGCGGUUAGUCAAGGAUGGGAGGCUCAACUGCUAGCAUAUGCUCAACAUCUGGCGGUGACUCAACUGGAGACUUUUUUCUCGGCCACUGACCGACUCAACAUCUCCAUGGGGGAGCUUCGGCCAUUCCCUCAAAGUGUGCACAACUCAUCUUUGGGUGACAUUUUGCGCAUUCUGGCCUCCCCAACAAGCUCAGACGAACAGGUUCGAUCGGAGUCGGAAGCCCCGUUCAGAUACUUGCAAGGCUCAAUAAUCAACAAUGUUCUACAUCUCAUGAUUGCCAACGUUCGCUCGCAGAUUGAGCAGAGCUUGGCCGGUGAUACGGAGAAUGAGAAUACGAUCAUCGGGGAGCGUUAUAUGCUCAGAUUUCUUGCCCACCUGAUUCUCUUCCUACGUGGUAUCGGCCUAGAUUCUGAAGUCUCGGAGGAUGACGCGGUCUCAAUUUUGCAGUUCUACAUUGAGGAUUUGGUCGUAUGCGGGAAGGGCAGACUGGUUCCCCUCUAUGUGGCUCAACUUCCUCCGUCUGCAGCGGUCGAAGCGUACUCGUACCUGCUGGCCGACAUUGCUGCCGAUGCCCGCGCCAGAAGUGAGCAGUUUGCUCUAGCCGACAAGUUUGGGCUGGAUGUUGCUACCACACUUCGAAGGACCGUGCAGCGUGUGUUUGAUGACUUGGAAGAUCGGUUCCCAGCAGUUGUCAGCUCGGCCGAAUUCGACUUUUCAGAGUCGGAGACUGAUGACGAAGGGCAGCUAACUGGAUCGCUGCUUUGGCUGGUCGAUGCCGGAAUGUGGGGUGAUGUCGUUGCUUCGGCCAACGCACUGUAUGUGCGAUAUCUACUUGCAGGCAGAAUUGGAGCGGCAGUUGUUUUCCAGAGCAAACUGGGCGCCUCUCAAGUCCAUAUUGCUGUAGAGCAACUAGCAAGAUCUGGCGAGGAUGCGAUGACUAUGAUGGUGACAGAUGAAGAUAACGGAAGCGCUGAUGCUGAGAUGAUUAUGCAGGCUGCGAAGUAUCGAGCAGAAUUUAUGCAGUAUGAAGCUCUGGUCGAGGCUGUGCGUAUGAUCAAGCAGUGGGACGGUUUGAUGGCUGAAAAACCAGUCGCUCCUAGCAAGGGUGACCGAGCGCGGCCGCGCUGGUCCGGUAACGACGGCUCAGAAAAGGAAAGUGGGAAAUUUUUGCACGCCUGGAAAAAUAAGGCACGAAAUCUCCUGAACCAGGUCCAGGCUCCGCUGAUUGAUAUCAUCGAACACUGGAUGGUAGAUGUCGAGCUGAGUGCGAUCGAAGACGGCGAUAAGACGCAGGCGGAUGCAAUCCAUCGACUGCGUGUGCUUUACGUUCCUUACAUGCUAUUCGAGCUUCACCGGAUAUUCACGGACGCCGCCAUGGUGAAGACUUCCUAUGCGAUCCGAGGAUUUGAGUUGGUGAAUCUAGUGGCUGAGAGUACGGACGAGAUGAGUUUGGGAAGACUGCUCAUUGAGAGCGAGAAACUGAGUGAUUAUCUUGUAGCGGUUGCGCAGUUGGCGUUGGUUGUUGGUGCAGAUCCUACGAACGGGCUGUGGAGAGUAUGAUGUAUAUUAAAUGUAAAUUU